AUGGCGUCGCUGGUAGCAGACGCCUUCCACCGAAUCACAGAACCUGUUUUUCAAGUCACCUUAGCGACAUGGUGCCUCCUCAUCAUUGUGCUCGCAUACGUUAUCCUGUCCUUCACUGAACUCAGCCUGCUUCGCAAGACCUACAACGCCCUCUGGCACUACGGAAACUUCGCAUACUCCUGUUUCCUCAAACCGCAUUCGGGCGACAAGACCGGCAACCAGCAAGACGCACUCGAAAGCUUCUACAGCUCGCAAGCGGGUAUUUACGAUGCAACAAGAGCGAGACUUCUGCAAGGCCGGCAGGAUAUGCUUGCUUUAGUCGCGGCACAGAUCAAGCACCGCAGAAACACUGGUCAGAUCGCUCAGAAGCCAAUCUGGGUUGACAUCGGCGGCGGCACUGGGUGGAACAUCGAGCAGAUGCAGAGCCAGUUGGACGUCCCAACUUUCUUCCACGCUGUCUACUUGGUUGACCUCAGCAGUUCUCUAUGCGAAGUAGCGCGCCAGCGUUUCUCUCGUUUAGGUUGGAAGAAUGUGUUCGUCAUCUGCGAGGACGCCCGUACCUUCCGCCUCUCGGACUACGAGGCGGGAGUGGAUGACUCGCAGAGGGAGUUCAGCAUAGGCCAUGCUGCGUAUGAGGAGCACGCCCGGGACUUCGUGGGUGCCGACCUGUUGACAAUGUCGUAUAGCCUUAGCAUGAUUCCGGAGUUCCAUUCCGCGAUCGACAGCAUCACCAAUCUGCUCUCACCCACUGGUGUUGUGGGAGUUGUCGACUUCUAUGUUCAAAACCAGGUCGAAUUCCGGGGAAGAAACUACAUCGGGGGAGCCAUCAAUAGACAUUGCAUGUGGAUCAGCCGAGUUUUCUGGAGGACCUGGUUCGAGCUGGACCGCGUCAAUCUCGAAUCCGCACGACGAGACUACAUCGAGUACAAGUUUGGAACAAUCCUCUCCACUAACCGAAGGUGUCAUCUGCUCGGCUUCAGGAUACCAUUCUACAUCUUUGUGGGCUGCACCAGGAGUACGGCGAACCCUCACGACCACGUAGAAGCUGUAGAUGCUGCAGUCACCGAAAGCCCGUUCCUCUCGGCGUUGGACGUGCAUGCACAAAGCCUCAACCCGAGAACGCAGAGGCGAUCGAGCUCAAGGAGCAAAGCUUACGAUACCGCGGUGGUCAAUCUCGCAUCGAGCCUACCUCUUCCGGCGGCAUACUACCAGAACAACAAGACCCGUAUCUACUACGACGAGACACUUCCGAAGCACCGCCAAUUCAACGACGAAUACAUUUACGCUUUUACCUGGGAAGACGCAAGGACUGACUCGCGCUUGCUCAAGAUCACUGGCGUGGAUGUAAUUCUUGCAAUCACAUCAGCCGGCGACAAUAUCUUAAGCUACGCCCUGGAGAGACCGAAGCGCAUUCACGCAGUCGACCUCAAUCCAGCUCAGAACCAUCUGCUUGAGCUGAAGGUCGCGGCGUUCAGGAGCUUGGAAUAUCAGGACGUUUGGAAGCUCUUCGGAGAAGGCAAGCAUGAAGACUUCCAGAGGCUACUGUUGGAACAAAUGUCGCCACACCUGUCAAGUCAGGCUUUCGACUACUGGCUACACGUUGGCCCUUCGACGUUCAGUCCACGGAGUAAAGGCUUGUACUUCACGGGAGGCAGCAGACAUGCGCUGCGACUGAUUGCAUGGCUCGGCAGCCUUCUCGGCGUUCGAAACGAUAUGCGCAAGAUGUGUGAGGCUCAGACACUCAACGAGCAGCGAGAGGUUUGGACUAAACGAAUCCGACGGGUCCUCCUGUCGCAGCUUCUUGCCUACUUUGUCGUGGGCUCCGAGCGUUUUCUUUGGAGGGCCCUUGGUGUACCAGGCGAGCAGAGAGCGAUGAUCGAGGAGGACUUUAAGCGCGAGACUGAUCGCAAUGCCCUACCAUCAAGCGAUAUCAAGGAUAAGAAGAGUGGCCUGGGUGAGCCAGGAGAGGUCGGCGCCAAAAAGAGUGGCCAGGCUAUCUGGAACUAUGCCGUGCAGACGCUGGACCCAGUGGUUAACAACACUCUGGUCAGCGAGGACAACCACUACUACCUCCUCUGCCUAUUAGGCAAAUACACCCGCAAAUGCCACCCCACCUACCUCACCCCCAAGUCCCACACCAAGCUCUCCCAACCCACCGCCCUCGACACCCUCCGCAUCCAUACCGACGAGCUCGCCGAAGUCUUCGCACGCAUGCAGCCGGAAUCUCUUACCAUCGCCGUGUUAAUGGACAGUAUGGACUGGUUCUUGCCCACCGGCCCUGAAGCAGAUGCGCAGGUCAAAGCUGUGAAUAGGUCCCUGAAGUUAGGGGGACGAGUGCUGCUGAGGUCUGCGGGCCUGGAUCCGUGGUACAUUCGUGCCUUUGAAGAGAAUGGGUUCGCGCCAAAGAGGGUUGCUGCGAGGGUGCCGAUAGGGAGUUGUACGGAUCGAGUGAACAUGUAUGCUUCGACUUGGAUUUGUACAAAGGUGGUCUCGGUGGAGGGGUAA